CCUGUCCGCCCUGCUGGCUGCUCGCCUCACAUACCUCAGGCUGCUCGGCGCUCACACUGAUUGGACGGGGAGGGAGAGCUCGUACCUGCCAGGUGGAGUUUCAACGCGUGUUCCUGGCAAGCCGACGACACAGAUUGAUCGCAGCAGAGAUGGCCUCCGCCGCUCCUCCAUUCAGCCGCAGACAGUGGGCGUCCCAGUCACUGAGGGUCACCGCCAAGGAGCUGUCCAUCGUCUCUGCCCGCGGCAAAAACAACGCCAUCGCAGAGCGCUUCUCCAAGUACCAGAUGGCAGCAGAGGAGGGAAAUGCAGAGAAGAAGAAAGCGGUUGCAGAGCCUCUUCCCGCCACGCUGCGCAGCGGGAAUCUGAGCGAUUUAAAGAAACGCUGGGAACAACAACAGCGGCCUCAAACCCGCACCCCCGCAGACCCUCAGACCCACAUCAGCCAACCAACGGGCCCAAAACCUAAACCUGCACCACAGAUCCAGAACCGGCCACAAGACCAGGACACUGAGGCGCAGGUUCGCUCUGAGACCGGCGAGACCAGUUUGAACCAGCUGCAGUCGGACGACCUGACAGACAUGGAGAAGCCCAGCAGAGACUCGGAGGGAGCAGCAGCUGAAGUGCCGGACUCCGAGAGGCCCAGUGUCCCCCUCAACAGCCUCAAGAUGAUGUUUGAGAAGGGCGAGAACCUGACCGACAAGGUGUCCCGAGAGCAUACGAGUAGGGGAAACAACGGUAAUUCUGCCAACAUGGACCAGCUAGGAGAUGGAAGUCUCGCAGAGUCGACUCCUCUCCGGGACAGGAUGGCCCUCUACCAGGCUGCCAUCUCCAAACAGGAAGUCUCGCCAACCUCCGUCAGUAGCGAUCAGGUGGACGGUUUCUGUGGGAAGCAGAAGGAGAACGUUCCUCCGUGCAGUCUGGACGUGACGCCCGAGUGUGAAGCAAACAGCAAAGGUUUUACCGCAGAGAGCAACGGCUCUGCUCCUGGCACGCCUGCGUCCUCCAAUCAGAGAGACUCCUCUCAGCCCAAAACUCCCAAAAGCUUCCGCCUGCCUGUGAGGGAGACCUGUGUGACGUGUCUGAAGACCGUGUAUCCUCUGGAGAGGCUGGUGGCCAAUCAGCACGUUUACCACAGCUCCUGCUUCCGCUGCUCGCACUGCAACACCAAACUCAGUUUGGCGAACUACGCCUCCCUGCACAACAACGUCUACUGCAAGCCGCACUUCUGCCAGCUCUUCAAGGCCAAAGGAAACUACGACGAGGGCUUCGGCCACCGUCCGCACAAAGAGCUGUGGGAGAGCAAAGCAGAGAGCGGCGAGACCUCGCCACAGUCCGCCGCUCAGACCAAGCCAAAGAGCCCGGCGCCGGCCUCAGACCUGGACAGCCCCAGUGUGGAGGACUCCCCGCUGGCUAAAGUCAACGUGCUGAUGGCCACGAUGGAGGCUCUGGGACAGGGAUCAGCGGAGAAGGCUGACAGACCCACAGAGACCCGCAGGCUGAAAAUCUCCUGGCCGCCGCGCACAGAGCAGGAGGACUCGACCGGCCGCAGCGGAGCCACGGUGACCACAGACGAGGGCCCCGCCAGCAAGCCCAUCAGAGCCAAGUGGCCCCCAGAGGAGGACUCAUCCCCCGAGCAGCCCAGAGAGACGCCCUGCCUGCGCCGCACCUCCUCCCUGAAGGAGCGCAGCAUGCCCUUCACACUGGCGGGACAAACUCCUGCUGCUGAGGCCAGAAAACAGAGUCCGCCUCCUCCGGAGGACGAGCGGCAGCUCAGCCCUGAACCGUCCAGCAUGAUGGAGCUGCAGCACGGCGGCCAGUCCACAGACAGCCAGACGCCCACCGAGGACAGCUGCGUGGACAUCCACACCAGCUCAGGAGAGGAGGAGCAGGAGGCGGAGACUGAAAACCAUCAUUUCACCAAAGAGGAAGAUGACACCCCGGAUCAACAACAAGAGGAGGAGGAGAAGAUGGAGGAAGACGGAGGAGUGCUGGAGGAGGAGAUGCCGCCUCUGAAGCUGCAGGAGACGCCAGCAGAAAUGUCGUCUCCUGAAGGUGAGGUGGAGGCCAGCCGCUCCUCUCAGGAUGUGGGGUUCUGGGACAGCGAGGAGGUGGAUGACAAGGAGGAGGAGGCGCUGACGGUGGAGGAGAUGAUCAAACGAAACCGAUACUACGAGGAAGAGGAAGAGGAGGAGGAGGAUGUAUAAACUGAUCGAGGACUCUUGGAGGACUUCCUGCCAUUCCUUUUUUUUUUAUAUAUGCUUUCUUCUUCUCUUCUUAAAAGAGAGUUGCUGCAGUUUCUAGUGUGAACUCUACUGAACUCUAUUUGUGCCUCACUUUCUGAAACCCUCAAAGCCAUUCCUACACGGUAGUUUUUACAAGACUGUCGCUCUGACAUCUUUUGUUUUUUAAUGUACAAUAUUUAAAAUUACGCCCUGUGUAAUGAAUAUUUUUAGCACAGAAACGUCCAAAUGUUACGACACAGAGAAUUAUUUUUGUGUACAUGGCUUUUGUAAUUUUCUAUUUUCACUCAACGCCUCCUAAACUGCAGCGAAUGUAGCUUCUCAGUGGAGUCACGCUGAAAGACGACGUGUUAAAUGGUUUAGACCUGCCGCUCUGUUUUAGAAAAGAAGCCCAGCACUUUGAUCUGUCACCAUGUUAUUAAAUGUUAGACGUAUUCUCAAUAGAAACUGUCAAAAACUUUUUGUUUUCAGUUGCAAUUCUGUAUGUAUGCAUUAAACUUACAAAAAAAACCUUUCUAUUUUGUUUUCCAAUUUCAGGAGUUAUAACUGGAUCUGAAAAAUGUUGUACUGUUGUUUUUAAACCAGGGGACCAAAUAUCCUAGAUUACUACUGUUUAAAUAAAUUGUUAUAUAGAAAA